AUGUUGAAACUAGACGCCCCAAGAGUCCCAUACCCUCAGCAGUUGAGGAAGAAGGGGGAUGACAACCAAUUCUUGAGAUUUUUGGAAAUCUUCAAGAAACUCCAAAUUAACAUACCUUUUGCUGAAGCAAUAGAACAAAUGCCACUCUACGCCAAGUUUUUAAAGGAGCUAAUGACUAAGAAGAGAAGUUGGAAGAACAACGAGACUGUGAUACUAACCGAAGAAUGUAGUGCUAUCAUUCAGCAUAAACUACCCCAGAAAUUGAAAGAUCCUGGGGGUUUUCAGAUCCCUUGUAUUAUAGGGGAGAUCACAGUAGAGAAGGCUCUAUGUGACUUAGGAGCUAGCAUCAACUUGAUGUCAGUAGCUAUGAUGAGGAAGAUGAAGAUCGAGGAGGCUAAACCAACAAAAAUGGCCUUACAACUGGCAGACCGAUCGUUCAAGUUCCCUCAUGGCGUAGUAGAAGAUUUGCUGGUGAAAGUGGGAGAUUUCAUAUUUUCGGCAGAUUUUGUAGUGCUGGACAUGCAUGAGGAAGCCAAGACCUCCAUCAUACUGGGAAGGCCGUUCUUAGCCACUGCUGGAGCUAUCAUUGAUGUCCAAAAGGGUGAUCUCACCCUAAGAUUACACAAUGAAAAGAUGACAAUCAAUGUGUUCAAGGCCAUGAGUUACCCACCAGAACAAUUGGGGGAAUGUAUGAGGUUGGACUCACUUGAAGAGGAAGUGCAGGAGAGUUUUGAAGAGGAAGAGCUUGAAGAGUUAACAGAGGAAGAGUUAACAUCUAGUGAAGAGGUUGCAACAACAGAGAUUCGCAUACAAGGAGCUCAAAAGAAAGAGAAUGAAAAGAUAGAGGCACCCAAACUUGAACUCAAAGCACUGCCACCCACUCUUAAAUAUGCAUACUUAGGAAAUAAUGAAAGUUACCCAGUAAUCAUAAACUCAUCCCUCAGCCAAGAUCAAGAGGAUGAACUACUCCAAGUAUUGCGAAAGCAUAAGGAUGCCAUUGGAUGGACCCUCGCUGACCUGAAGGGAAUCAGUUCAGCCAUAUGCAUGCAUAAAAUACUGUUGGAAGAUAAUGCCAAACCACAAUCCCAAAGGAGGCUUAACCCAAUGAUGAAGGAAGUGGUACAGAAAGAAGUUAUGAAACUAUGGCAGGGAGGAGUAAUCUACCCGAUCUCAAACAGCCCCUGGGUCAGCCCCGUGCAUGUUGUACCAAAAAAAGAGGGAAUCACGGUAGUUCCCAAUGAGAAGAACGAACUAAUUCCUAUAAGGACCGUCAUAGGAUGGCGGAUGUGCAUAGACUACCGGAAACUCAAUGAGGCUACACGAAAGGAUCACUUCCCCUUCCUAUUCAUGGAUCAGAUGUUGGAAAGACUCGCAGGACACGCACAUUAUUUUGGAGCAGUGUUAGGGCAGAGGAAAGAUAACUUAGUCCAUGUGAUAUACUAUGCUAGCAAAGUCCUCAAUGAUGCUCAAAGAAACUAUACCACUACUGAAAAGGAGUUGCUAGCAAUAGUUUUUGCAUGUGACAAGUUCAGAUUAUACCUCAUUGGUGCUAAAGAAUUCAAUAUUGAAAGCAGAGAUAAGAAAGGAGUGGAGAACAAGGUAGCAGAUCACCUAUCCAGAAUCCGUCAUGAGGAAGGUGGAACACAUGAUACAAGUGUGAACGAGCUCUUCCCUGAUGAGCAAUUGAUGACAAUUCAUAAAGCACCAUGGUUUGCAGACAUUGCCAACUUCAAGAUGGAAUACUUAGAAGAUGUGUCUCGGAAAAAGAAGGACGAGAGGUCCUAUGGAAUUGCCACGGCUCAUGCUAUGGAGGCCAUUUUGGAGGGGACAGAACUACAACAAAGGAUGUCUGAGAGAGGUAAAGGAAAAGCCAAGGCCACCUCUAGCAAGAGAAAGAGGUCGCAGCCAUCUACUGAGCCGGCGAUCUUCGUUACAUCUGAAAGGCAUCUUAAUGAGAAUGAGAAGGAUGACUAA